UUCCCAAACCUCCUGGGUCCAUCAUCUUUAGUAGCCGGAGCAACUCCUCACUCCAGCUGCAGUGGGCAACACCUGAUGAGAUGAUCGGAGCUCCAGGCAUCAUAUACAGUAUCACCUAUCAGGCUGUGGGUGGUCUCAGUCAAAACACAACUUCCACUCAAAAUAACACUUUGCUUUCACUCCUUGACUCUGGAACCAAUUACACUGUAACAGUAAAAACUAAUGGACCUGGAAAUUUAAGCAGCACGAUUGUUCAGAAUUCUUCUUUUACCUUACCAAACCCAGUGACGAAUCUAAUAGUCAGCCCUGAAUCUACUACUUCACUAAAUGUGAACUGGUCAAAUCCACUGGGGGUCAAAUCGUAUUACAUAUACUUAGUUGACACUUACAAUGACACAGGAGGACUUAUUUACUCAACAAACAUCACCAAUAACAGCACUUCUGUACUGAAUCUAAACCCAGGAACUAACUACAGUGUCGCAGUCAGAACGAAAGCUGCAGAAGGAAGUGAAUCUAGGGUGGAGAAGGGAUUCAGUUACACAAUGCCCAAACCUGUGACCAACAUCACAGUGGAGAGUGUGACCACGACCUCCAUCAAGCUAACGUGGUCCAGACAAAAUGAUUACAAGCCUUCCUACUCCUACCUGGUCAUAGCGAGACAGAGUGGCAGCGAGAUAAAGAAUGAUUCGACAAAGAAUGAUUCGACAAAGAAUGAGACGUACACCUUCUAUAAUCUGACCUCUGGAGAGCUGUACACAUUUUCUGUGUUCACGGUUAUAGCAGGGGUCAAAUCCACAGAGGAAAAUACACAGAGUUACACAAUGCCUGAAGCAGUCUCAAACAUUACAGCCGUAGGAACCACAACUAGCCUUUCAGUGAGCUGGACACUGGUGACAGGGAAGGUCUCCAGUUACAGUGUUACAGUGCUAAAUAGUGCUGGACAGUUAGUGAACAGCACGGAUGUAAACAAUCAAACUACAAACACAGUCUUUGGGAGCUUGACACCAGGAGUAAUCUACUGUGUCCAGUUGAUCACCAAAAGUGGACCUUUUCAGAGUAACAGUUCACCUGUCUGCAACGCAACUUUUCCCAACCCUCCUGGCUCCAUCACAGUGCAAUCUCAGACUGUUAAUUCCAUCAACUUCACCUGGGCCCUUCCACAGAACAUGAACCACAAGGAUUACAACUUUAGUGUCACCACCACUAACAACACCUUUGUGACAAAAGACAACUGGUUCCUGCUGGGAAACCUCACAUCUGGAAGCCCCUUCAAUAUCUCUGUUGUUACUGUGGGUGUGAUGGGAUAUAAAAGUACAUCAGUGACAACAGUAAACUAUACCAGACCAUUUCCUGUAUCCAAUCUGACUCAGACAGAAAUAACUACAAAUGCAGUGACCUUGGUGUGGGCACAGCAGGAGAGCAAAUUAAGCUACUCUUACUGGGUGCAGGUCACCAACGAGUCCAAUGUUACUGUAAACGAAUUAAAUGUGAACAUAACAAAUGCAACAAUCAGAAAUCUUCGUUCUGGGAGCAACUUCAACUUCACUGUCACUACACUGACAGCAGAUGGCACUCAGGCAGAUCCUGUGACAGUGUCUUACUUCACACGGCCAUACGGUAUUACUGAGUUGAAGGCUGAAACCAUAAACACAACUGCUAUAAAUCUGAACUGGACGAAGCCAGCUGAGUACAGGGAUGACUAUAAAUAUCGAGUUGCUACAUCAGGCUGUGCCUACAAAAACAACACCCUGGAACAAGAAACCAUACAGAUCUCAGGCCUCGACCCUGGGACCAACUGUACCUUCUGUGUUUCUGUCAUGGCAGCAAACGGCAUUGAAGGACAAACAGUCUGCACUUCUCAGUACACAAAGCCCGAGACAGUAAAGCCCACUAUCUCAGGUCAUUCGAAUAGUUCCAUCACAGUGACAUGGAUGAAACCUAAAGGAAAUGUGGAGCGUUACAGUCUUUACCUAACACCUAAUACAGCUAUUCAAUCCCUGAACUCUUUGAAUACAUCCUAUCAGUUUGAAAACCUGUCAGCUGGACGGGCGUACAGCGUCAUGUUAACCACAAUAAGUGGACCCUUCAAUGCGUCAUCUGAACUUGUUACUAACGCCACUCUCCCUAACCCUCCUGGGCAGAUUGAGAUCCUGAAUAAAACAACGAGCUCCAUUGAAACUCAAUGGACAGAGGCGCCUCUGAUGACCGGUGCUAAUUUCUACUACCUGCUGACUUACACGUCAUCCCAGCAAUCCAACAAUAUAAAUACCAAAAACACCAGAAUGAACAUCUCUUCCCUGUCUUCUGGGACUUCCUACAACAUUUCUGUGAAAACUGUGGGAGAAUUGGAAUUCCAGAGUGAGACGAUUUAUGUCUACAUGGUCACAACAAGACCACUGGCAGUGCAGGAGCUCACGGCCACUCCAGGAGAGACACACAUCACAGUCAACUGGACCAAUCCACCUGACUACAAGAACAGCUAUAAAUACUUUUUGUCCUGGAAUCAAACUAAUUCCCAAAUGCAGAACUGCACAGUUACACAAACUAUGUAUAAUAUCACUAACCUGGAACCUGGUCAGUGCUACAGUAUUUAUGUCACCACAGAGACCUCUGAUGAAACACUGGGUGCACCAAUAAUGAUCACCAAAUGCACAAAUGCAAGCCCAGUGAAAAUCUUAGGCUGUCAAGGUCCAAACGACAAUACUGCACAAAUCAUCUUGUCAUGUACCACACCCCAUGGCCAACACACUGGCUUCCACAUGAUUGUAAAUGGAAACAACAUCGGUGCAACUGCAUCUUGCAAUUAUACCAUUUCUGGCCUUAACCACAAUACUAUAUAUAAUGUGACUGUGAUAACUCUAAGCCAUGGAAAUCCCAGCAUCCCUGUGUAUCGCGAGUGCUCAACAGGCAUACCUAUCACUACUAUUGCUGUUGGUGUAUCAGUAGCAGUUUUUCUCAUUCUCUUCAGUGUCCUCAUCGCCUUUAUUAUCUACUGGAAAAGGCUAGCCAAAAAAGAAUCACCAGACAUCCAGAUUGAAUCUUUAAGAGCCAAAGUAAGUGUGGCCGUGAGUGUGGAGGACUUUGAGGCUUAUUACAAGAAGCAGAGAGCAGACUCCAACUGUGGCUUUGCAGAAGAAUUUGAGGACCUGAAGGUUGUUGGCACAGCUCAGUCAAAGUUACAUGCACUGAAUGUGGAGAACAAGCCUAAGAAUCGCUACAACAAUGUGCUUCCAUAUGACUCUUCUAGGGUGAAACUUUCCAUUCUCCAUGGAAGUCCGUCUGAUGAUUACAUCAAUGCUAACUACAUGCCGGGUUACAACUCGAGGAAGGAGUUUAUUGCAGCUCAAGGUCCUUUACCCACCACGGUCAACGAUUUCUGGAGGAUGAUCUGGGAGAAGAAUGUGCAGACUCUGGUCAUGCUGACACGCUGUAAUGAACAGGGACGAGUAAAAUGUGAGCAGUAUUGGAGUUCUGGUACCAAGCGGUGUGACAACAUCAUUGUAAAAGCAACCUCUGAAAUAACACUUGAGGACUGGACCCUCAGGGACUUUGACAUUAAAAAUGUGAAAACAGCAGAAACCCGAGCAGUUCGUCACUUCCACUUCACAGCAUGGCCAGAUCACGGGGUACCAGAAACCACAGAGCUCCUCAUCAGCUUCAGACAUUUAGUCAGAGAGCACAUGAACCAGUACUCAAAACACUCGCCCACAGUGGUCCACUGCAGUGCUGGUGUGGGGCGCACAGGUACCUUUAUAGCCAUAGACAGACUGAUUUUCCAGAUUGAAAGAGAAAAUACAGUGGAUGUGUUCGGCAUUGUUCAUGAUCUGCGCAUGCACCGACCGCUUAUGGUGCAGACAGAGGACCAGUAUGUGUUCUUAAACCAGUGUGCUUUGGACAUCAUCCGGUCGAGAACGGGGACCAAUGUGGAUCUAAUCUACCAAAACACCGCGGCAAUUUAUGAAAAUAUAGGCCCAAAAAAGGGGGCUCCCAAAAACGGAUACCACAACUCAUAGGCCCAGAAGUCCAUCAGUUCUUCCAUCUCUCUUCACUUUUAGAAAGAAACUGAGCAAAUAUCUGUGAAGGAGAGGCUGUGAGCACAUUUUCCUGGAUUUAUUUUUAUACCUUUUAGGCUUUUGAUAACAGUCAUCUAGCUUCCUGGAUUCAAACUCAGAUUAUUUGAUAUUUAUUUGUUACGAUUUAUGAAUGUUGACAGUGGACGAAACUGUACGUAGAGCUGCAAUAAUGGAUUAUGUGUCUUGGACACUUUGCUAUAAUUGUAUAUUUUUGUAUUGCUCAGAUGUUUUAUAAAUGCUUCUUAAUACUGUAUAUGACUCACUGAUAAUUAGAUCUUUUUGCUCAGGUAGUGUGAUGGAUGCUGUACAGGUAUUUUUGAUCAGGAAAAACUUAUAAUAACCUUUGCCUUGUAUAAAACAAAUGCUGUUAUGAAGACAGUGUGCCUUUUAAAGAGUUUUUCCACCAGUUCACCAAUAGGUGGCACUCUUAUGUCUUCAAAUGGAAAAGACAGACAUCUGAAAUUCAGCUGUCUGUUUGUGCAUAUUUUAAGCCAACAUGAACUCUGCAAUGUGUUUAAAUGAAGGAGCCUUUUGCACAUGUAUGCACUGUAUUGUGAAUAAUGCACUGGAUGCAUUUGUCUUCUACACUGUCUACUAUGGAGAUGUUUUUUCAGUAGCAUUAAUAUUUUGGCCAGUGCUUUGUAGACUGUUUGGAUUAUUUCUUUAUACAUACAAUACUUUUAUUACAAUUUUAUUUUUGCAAUUUUACUUGCCUCAAUAAAAAGCUCAGGAACUCAAUUAAACUAAACAUGUUCCUAGCAUCUAUGGUGUUUGUACUUUGACGAACUUAGUCCAUUUUUUUCCUUAUUUUCUACGUUGUGCAUUCCUCACAGAAACUGUAAUGUUAUGUCACUUCCUGCUACAUAUCCGAUCCUUGUAUGGAAAUACUGUGAUGUUAAAAUGGCCAGAGAAGUGCAGGCUUAAAGGGCAGGAUUUUCCAUGAGGCAGAUACUUUACUUUUUUAAAGAUAAUUCAAUAAAAGAGUACGCCUGUAGAUAUUUUUUAAAACGUAUUUUUAUUGUAUCAUAGUGUAUUUAAAGCUAUUUUAAGCAUUUGGGUUUUAAAUGAAAAAUAUGUAUAAUAAUUACUAAGGUUUUAGGAUAUUUUUUAAUGAUGCUUGAUGGUACAAUGUGAAAAUAUAUAUAGAAAAAGGCAAGGAUUCAAAUUUUGUAUACAUUUUAACCUGUCAUAUGAAAUGGGAUUAUAUAUAUUACAAAUUCUGGAAAAUAGGGGCGUAAUACUCCUCUUAUUGUUUAAAUCCCUCAGCUUCAAUAUGAUUAAAGAUUCAUAUGCUUGCUUUAAUGUUACCUCUGGACAAUUGUGAGUUUGGAUCUAUUUACAAAGCUCAUCACUCAGAAAAUAAACAAACUGCACACUGUGUCACAG